AUGCGCAAUGUUUCUUCCCUCGGGGAUAGUCACUCCUUCAGUACCGAGAAGGAAAACAACCACUCGAAGCGGGACGGGUUUAACGUAGGAAAUGCAGCGCCAUGCUCAUCAAGGGAGUGUAAUGGUAGAGAAACGGCACCGGAGAUUGUCCGUAAUACCGCGAGGAGCACCGAACAUCCGUUUAGCAGCGACGCGAAGCCGCUACCGUCCUCGGGGCUGGUUGGGGCCGCUGUGGGGCAUCAUGGGGGAGGGGUUCACUUACCUGGUUUUGGUGGUAUCGGUCCCUGGUCACCACGCCCUGGAAGUGGCUAUGCAAUGAAAUAUGACCAUCAUUCUCCCAACACUCACUGCAACACUGGACGUGGGUUGCAGGUUGUCACACAUCCUGCCAACUCCCGUUCUGCAUCAGUGGUAGGAUCAAUGGAGGAGGAAGUGCCUCGUGUUUCGAACCAAACCACCACGAAUCCCACAAGGGGAGUGUCGCUGCGCUGCUGGGUGCUGUUCCCCCUGAUUGUUAUCAUGACUUGUGUGUACGCUAUCUCUAUAGCACUUGCAAUCGCCCCAUGGGCGCGGGCCUCUGUGGCGGUGAUGGGGUCCCUGCAUGAUGUUGUCGAAGUCAACUAUGUCACCCUUUCGGGGUUCACUCCCUUCCUGCGUAUGACACGAAUGGCGAAGGGGAUAGGGAGCAUGUAUUUCUCGAACAAUACUUUUUCGAAUCCCGUAAUGGAUCAUGCAAUGCCAUUAAAGGAUGGAAUGGUCUCUAGCCUGUGCGUUACUCUUCGUGACGUAGAUAAAAGGCGCAUGAUAGCAUCUAUCGGUGCAUUCUCGUUGACGAAGAAACAAGCCGCCCUGUGUAUCGCCUCAAAGAGUAAUCCUGGCCAGUAUUAUGGUCACGUGAGUGAGGGAGGGAUAAUGAAAGACUUCUACUAUAUGGACCCUGUAACGAUGGAGUACCAGCAGCCACUGAAACGGUAUGAGUCCACUACCUCUGGAUUAACGAUUACUGAAUACACGGAACGCUUUCACUUUGAUUCCGUUGUGCGGAUAUGGAACGAGUCAGUGCGAGAAGGUCGAGAGAUGAAACCGUCUGAGUACUGGGUUCGCCCGCGGUUCCCACCCACUUAUGCAGCGUACGUCUAUCCUUUCUUCGAGAGAGAGGACGAUGGAACAGUUGGUGUAGGGUACAUUUACGUGGGAAUGCACACAGGAAAAAUUAGUGUGAGGUGGCACAAGGCGUCUGACAGCGGUGUCCGCGUCAUGCUUGUGGAUCCCAACAACGAAAGCGGCCAAUUCUACGUGUUUGCGAACAACUGGGGCCAACCGCUUGCGAAUGUGAGCGAUGAGUGGAAAUCCGCUUUCAUGGGUGAACCAAUACGGUUCCUAAGCCCUGACGACGUCUCUGACCCGCUGAUGAGCAAAGCUAUCCGAUACCUCGACUUGCAAGAGGCCGCGCGAGGCAAGAACCAGAGGUCGUGGUUCAUGUACGGCGGGUUGGCUGCGGUGGCCAGUGCACAUCACAUUGUCACUGACAGCGGGGUUGAAAUGGUUGUUGUUGUUGUCACGAACCCCAGCUAUUACCUGGGCCCGAUUGCCACCUACGGGGGCAUUGCUGGCCUUUCUAGCUUUGUAAUGUACCUCAUUGUGAUAGCCGCUUGUUACUAUUUUGUGGAGCUUUGCCUUCACCGCCCGCUCCGAAGUACGGAGGAAAAGCUGAGGGCCGGGCUAGUCAAAUCUUCUGAUGAAGAGAAGCAAAAAGUGAUUGCACUGAGAGAGGUUUGUGAGCUCCACGGUGUGUGUAGUGUGCUCCGCCGACGCCUGAAUGCGGUGCGGACAUACAUGCCAGACCGUGCUUUUGAUUUAAGUGGUGCGGCAGCGAGCGUGUCAAGGAGCAAGGACGCAUGCGCAUCUGAUCCUGAGGCAGCCUCGUCACCACGUCGAUAUGGUGAGGAACUGAAGCCUGUCGCCUGCAGCGUCGCCUACGUUUACUAUACGCCCGGUAGAACGCGCAACCCCAGCGACGCCGUUGUGGAGCUGAUGAUGCAGAUAGUUGUCAGUGCUGCUGCAGCCUGCGGUGGGUGCUUCGAGGUGCAGCGCCCAGACUACUGCAUUGUGAGUUUUGGUGUGCAGUCGAUGGACCGCGAAUUCGCUGCUGAGGCGACGAGGGCCGUUGAGUUCGCGCGUCAAGUGGCCACGAAGCUGAUGGCGCGGAGCGAAGUUUCUGGUGCUUAUCGCGUGAUUGUGGAGUCCGGUGCAUUUCCGAGUGGCAUCGUUAGCGGAGGUGGACGAAGUCGCUAUGUGCUUCUGUGCCGCAAUAUCUACCGGCGGGUUGGUGAUGCCCUUCAAUCUGUGGGAGUCGCGGCAGCGGUCACAGAAGAGACAGCACUGCUGGUGCGUGGCCACUUCCGUUUGUUACCAUUUAGGUCUGUUUUUCUGGAAGGCGAAGACGGUGUUUGCGUAACGUUGUAUGAGGUACUUUCCGGGGAUGCUGGGCAGCCGACAUGGAAUGAGUUUGAGGGCCACUACAACGAGGCGUACGAUAUGAUGGUGCGUGGCAACUACGUCUCUGCACUACGAUUGCUGGACAAGGCCAUUUCCGUGGGGUCGGUGACCUUAUCGGGGGAAUCACCUUCGUUUAUGUCAUUGCAACCCCAACGUCUUCGUGAUGAGUGUGCUGCGCGUGUUGGGAGAAGAGACCGCACACCGUUUGUUAAUCAAUUACUUAUCGUCCCUGAUAGCCUGAACAGCAGCGCAACGAGCCUGAUAUCUUCGCCGCCGCUGCUGAGUGGUACUGGAAAAACCUCUGGUGGAAGCUCGUCACCGUGUGACGGUGGCUCCCCGCGGACUCCGUCGGUCUUCGUGGGGGAGAAUGCAGCUUCGACACUGAAUGGUGAGAUACCUCGUUUUCUCGAGGACUGUCAUGGGAACAGUUGGCAGCGCUCAAUCGACCCCAUUCAUGAGGGUGCCAACUCUGUAGGCGUAGCGUACAUGGGAAUGUCUGCCACUGGGGUACUUGCUUUGCUGAAGCUUUACCCUCUAACAGAACUUGGAGAACGCUUGACGCGUGAGGAAUUGGACGUUGCACUGGAUAAAGUGCUUCAGGUUGGGGAAAGUGUCAGCCUUGUGCAAUGCUUGUCGUAUUGUCAUGUCCCCCCUCACGGCGUCUUGCUUGUUUGGGAGUACGUCCCCGGUGGUACGCUUCGUGAUCUUAAAGUGCGAUAUGGCCGGAAGCUACCCGCCGCCACGGUGAAGCGGCACGUCACCUCUCUGUUGCGAGGACUCGCCUGUCUCCACGAGCGUGGCCUUGUUCAGGGUUGCCUGUGUCCUGAAACAGUUGUCACUUGUGUGGGGGGCCAUUGCCGAUUGACUGGGGUUCUGCUUGAUGCUGCACCUUUACUCAAGCAUCAAAUGACUUAUUGUGUCAGUCCAGAGGAAGCUCGUGGCAAACCCCAGUCGUGGAUGACAGAUAUGUAUGCCCUUGGGUUGCUUGUUAUAGAGAUGUUGAACGACGACUUCCCAUGGCGGUGGACAGCUAAUGCACAAAUCAGCCGGUCACGUAACGAGUUACUUGCGGUGCUUUCGGACCACGAGGCGCUAAUGGAGUCGCUGCGUGAAGGUCUUUUGGAACCUGUACCACCUCCAGAGGAUGCGGACCCGACAAUACAGUUAGUAGUUUCUUCGUGCCUCAGAAUCGACCCCGCACAGCGGAGGGAUGCGGUCUUCCUUCUUCAACGUGUUGGUGGCGUUGUUGCCGUUGAUGCAUGA